ACACACACACACACACACACACACACACACACACACAAACACACACACCGAGGAGCCCCUGGCAAAAUGACGGUAGAGAGGAUAUUCGACGAGCUAGGACAUUUUAAAAGGUUCCAAGCAUGCGUCUACUUUGCGGCCGCCUUCCAAGCCAUGGCCUGCGGGAUCCACUACCUGUCCUCCGUCUUCCUGGUGGAGACCCCCAACUUUGUCUGCGGUGUCCCCGGCAACGCCACGGAGGUCUUGUUCGGCAACCUGACAGGACAUCACGUGGAGGACUUCCUGCCGGCCUUCAAAGCUGGGACAGGCCCUUUGGUGGUGAGGACUCAUGACGGACUACAGUGGGAGCUGAGCCGGUGUCAGCGAGCCCUGCGGAUGGACCCCAAAGACUUCACCUAUAGCUUUGAUGGCAACAAAACGGCGCAGGUGUGCGAUGGGAACUUUGCUUACGAUCACAGCGAAGUGUACCAGAGUAUUGUGACCGACUGGGACCUAGUCUGUGACAGAGCUUGGCUGGCCAAGCUGUGCCAGCCCACCUUCAUGUUGGGGGUGCUGGUCGGGGCCCUCGUCUUUGGGGACAUUGCUGACAGGGUGGGCCGAGUGAAGAUCCUCAUGUUCACCAGCGUCUGUCAGUUUGCCCUCGGCGUGUUUGUUGCCUUUUCCAAAAACUACUACUUCUUUGUGGCGCUGCGUUUCCUGCUGGCUAUGGCGUCCAGCGGCUAUCUGGUCGUGGUGUUUGUCUACGUGACAGAGUUCACUGGCAUCAAGGUGCGCACUUGGACUUCCAUGCACGUGCACGCCGCCUUCGCAGUGGGCAUCAUGGUCGUGGCUCUGACGGGCUACUUGGUGCGAGUGUGGUGGAUCUACCAGAUCAUCCUCUCCCUCUGCACCUCGCCUUUCUUGCUCUUCUGCUGGAAGUUCCCCGAGACGCCCUUUUACCUCAUCGCCAAGGGUCGCUACAAGGACGCCCAGACCCUCCUGGAUCACAUGGCCCGCGUCAACGGCCUGGAGUCGCGGCUCAAGGUGGAGGAGCUCCUGGAGUCAGAACAAAACGAAAAAGCUCUACUGGAGAAGAAGAUGUCGGACAGACCGGCCGAGGGGGAGAAGAAGCUGUCCAUCUUGGAUUUGUUCGGCAGCUGGAGGAUGGCGGGACGAACGUGCACCGUGUGGGCCAUCUGGUUCAUUGGCAGCCUGGGAUACUACGUCUUCUCUCUGGGCUCCGUCAACCUUGGAGGGAAUCAGUACAUUAACCUCUUCCUGGCUGGUGCGGUGGAGCUUCCCUCUUAUCUGGUGGGCUGUUUCGCCAUGGACCGCAUUGGUCGCAAGAAGACGUGCGCCCCGGCUCUGCUGCUGGCCGGAGUGGCCUGCAUGCUCAUCAUAGUGGUCCCGGCUGACAUAGAGCCACUGGCCAUCGUUCUCAGCAUGGUUGGAAAGUUCGCCAUUGCCAUCGCUUUUGGCCUCAUCUAUCUGUACACCUGUGAGCUCUACCCCACCAUCAUCAGGUCUCUGGCAGUGGGCAGCGGCAGCAUGAUGUGCCGCGUUGGCAGCGUGGUGGCACCAUUCUGCGUCUACCUGGCUGACGUCUGGAUCUAUCUUCCACAACUAAUCGUGGGCAUCCUGGCCUUCAUCAUUGGAAUUCUGACAUUGUUGUUACCGGAGACCUUGGGCCAGCCCCUGACCACCACCUUGGAGGAGGCCGAGGCUUUGGGACACAACCCCGGGAAGAAGAGGUCCACGCUGGGAGAUAAAAACUCUGCGGAUGGAGUGGAGAUGAAUCAGCAUGUGUGACAAAGUAUGUAAACAUGUGACUGACAAGGAUCGUGCAGUACUUACUUACCCGACUUGUUGACAUUUUGUUCUGCAAAGUGACCAACUAUUUUGUCUUAAAUGAGACAUAUAAUAUCAAUGAAUGUACAUGAACAUAUGCUAUAUUCCUCUUUUCCUGUUAUGCUGCAAAAAGAGAACACAAAGAAGGCUGAAAGAAAUGGAAAAAAUGUACAUGAAAAACAUGUGAAGCUAAAAUUGCCUUAUUUUUUUCACUUCCAAACGAGUUUUGAAAUUCUCAGGGCAAAUAUAAUAAAACUAAUUAGACUUUGAUGCUGGACUUAAAUGUUAAAUGGUUGGACCAAAAAUGGGAAUCUGCUGAACUCUGUACUGGGUUCUAAAGUGCUCAUGUAAAUCGCAUCCUUUGGGCUUUGCGACACGUGCUAAAAUAAAGCUUGUUAGUCAACUCCA